AUGGCCUGCACUGUCGAUACCUUCUCGUUUAAGGACUUCAAGUUUCCUGACCAAGCUGCAGAGCGUCCCGCGGCACACUUCAACAGCUUGCCUUAUCGAAUCUUGGAGUAUGACACCGACUGCUCUGAAACCAUCGGUCAAGUCAUAGCCGACUGGAGGGAAGUCACUGGCAAAGAUGUCUCUCGCGCCCUUGGGACGAAUUCUGCCAGCCUGCCCCUCUACUUGGCUCCCAAAUGUCCUCCACAUAUUCUACCACGAUUUGUGAGGUUUGGCUAUAUCGCUAUGUUUUGGGACGAUGCGACGGAUACCCUUGAUACAGCGGCACACGAGAGAAUUCAACUGGACCUGCGCGCAGCGCUUCUUUCCGAGGUCAAGCUAGGGCGGCAUACCCGGUGCGAGUUUGAGAUAAACGAGCUCUAUAUCCAGAGCCUCAUCGACCUCAUGAACGGAACCGAAGGGUUUAGUGCCAGUUUCAAAGACAAAUAUGAGCUCUAUGAUUUCGGUCUCCAAGCACAGACCGUACCAGGACUGCGCACAGUGACUUGGGAAGAGUACAAAGCACACAGGAUCAAAAGUGUUGGGGGCAGAGUGCUAUCGAGACUUCUGCCUGCCAUACUUGGGAUUUGCAUCAGUGACCAAGAGCUUGAUUCUGUCGCACAUAUGAUCCAGCUCGGCGAUUUGAUUACAGGGUUGACGAAUGACUACCACAGCUUCCGCAAGGAGUUUGAUGAGCAUCUUAUGGCCGGGAAUCUCGACAUGAUGCACAACGGCAUGGCCGUGCUCAUGAGCAACUACGGAUAUGCUGAAAAUGAAGCCGCAGUCAUCUUGAAACAAGAGGUUCUCGCGGCUGAAAAAAAGCUGAUGGCAGACUACGAAACAUGGAACUCCUCGGGGAGCCCCAAGACUGAAGACCUGCGCCGGUACAUGUUUACCUCCAUCCUCACCGUUGGCGGCUUCAAUUACUGGCAUUCCAUCUCACCGCGGUACCAUCGGACGGAUUUUGCGACCACAGCCGCCGAUAGAGCUCAGCUAGUUGGACGUGGGUAUGACGGGAAAAGAAAGCUUCCUAACUACCCUCCGCCUGUAAUGGCCACGGAAAUGAAUGGUCACAGCGAGUCAGAUACAUUGUCCGAUGCUUCCAAAGAGAUGAUCAGUGUCGUGAACCAUCUACAAAAGGAAAUAGUGGCGCCGUUCGAGAAAGCUCCGGCUGAGAAAAUCGUCCUCGCUCCGUGGGAGUACAUCCAGUCGUUGCCCGGGAAGAAGACUCUCGGCCGCAUUGUCGAGUGUCUGCAGGGUUGGUUUACAUUGCCCGACGACUCAGCGAAGAUAAUCACAGAGACCACAAGGAUGCUUUUCGAUGCAACAUUGAUGCUCGACGAUAUCCAAGACGGUUCUCAGCUCCGCCGAGGACGACCAGCAGCCCAUGCGGUCUUCGGUCAGCCGCAGACUAUUAACAGUGCUACAUACCUCUACGUCAAAGGGAGUCGGCAGCUAAAGAGCCUAAAGCAUUCCAAUGAGUGCGGCGAUGUAUUCAUGGAGGAACUAGAAACUCUCGCAUUCGGACAAGGUCUGGAGCUGCACUGGAGAUUCAACACAAGCUUGCCCUCGACAAAAGACUACCUCAUCAUGGUGGAUAAUAAAACCGGCGGCUUCUUCCGGCUUGUGCUGCGGCUGCUAGAAGUAGAGUCGGAAAGUGAACCCAACCCUGAGUUGCUGCAUCUGUUCACCUUGCUCGGACGGUACUACCAGAUUCGAGACGACUAUCUCAACCUGGCAUCUGAAGAGUACACCGCGAAGAAGGGCUUUUGCGAGGACCUAUCGGAGGGCAAAUUCUCCUUCCCGCUCAUCCACCUCCUGCAGAACAUUGCCUCGCCGGAGCACAUACGGGGUAUACUCUUUCGCCGCGACGGAGCUACGGAACUCUCACUCGAGAUGAAGCAGUUCGUUUUGGAUGAAAUGAAGGAAGUUGGGAGCCUUACCCACACCAAGGAAGUCUUGGAUGGACUCUUCGAUGCUAUGCUGGAAACACUCGAUAAGCUGGAAGCAAAGCUCGGCCCAAACAAGAAGCUCCGGAUCUUCCUCUUGUGGUUGAAGAUAUAG